GUGAAAGUCAAAUCAAAGUUCGUGGCACUUGGGUUCUUUUGACCGUCACUGAAGGUUGUGAGAGAAGGGAAGCUAAAUAAAGCAUCUGAAGAGGAAACGGUGAGUUUGUCGAACGGUGGUGUCAUCGUGCAUCUGUGUUUUGAAGCUUCCAAACGUGAACUUCUUGCAAAAAGGGAGUAAAACAAAACGACGCAGCGAAUGUUCCGGAUUAUUCCCUCCUCAUUCUGGGGAAUAGUCUGAAUCGAGUCGUUAUCACUUGUUCAUUUGCAAAUAUUAUCGAAUAAUCGUUGUUACAACUUAUUCUCUCAACUUGUGAGGGUAAUAAAAAUGAGAGCGAGUAUCAAUUCCCGCCAGUAGGUGUCAGUGUUUAGGCGUGACCGGCGGAGACAGCUGAAGAAGUGUGUUCUUCGACGUUCUGUGUUUCUCACCGGACACAGCAGCUCGCGCACAGGGUGAGCUCCAUCGAUGAACGAGUUUCUGUGAGCAGAGCAGAAGAAGAAGCUGAGCUCAGCUGGAAGCUCCACCUCCAAACAUGGACAGAAGUCAGAGCAGAGAGCUGCUCCCAGGUGUGGACACAGAGGAGGAAGCUCCUCCCUCUAAAGCCCCUCUGGGUGAGGACCAUGGCAGCCAGACCAGAGCUCAGAGAACAAAGCCACUCACAUCAGAAGCUGCUGGACGAGGACACGGACCUGGACCUGCUUCCAGCUUUGUGUCUCUGAAGAGUGAUGCGUCGAUGGGAAGAUAUAUUGACUUCAGUGGAGGACAGGACCAUCAGAGGAGGAGCAGGUUUAAACAGGAGAAACCAGAAGAGUCUGAACUCAGCUGUGUGUCUCUGAAGAGUGACAGGUCGAUGGAUCUUCUUAUUGAUUUCAAAGGUGGACAAGAGCAUUCAGGAGAAAGCUGGGCUGCACCUGGAAGAGUCAGUGAGGAUCAGCAGGUCUCAGAUGUUCUGAGUCUCCAGUGUGUCCAGCAGCAUCAGACAGAUCUGGACUCCACACUUCAGCUGCUUGAGCAGACUGUCAUGACCCUGGUGAAGAAGGAAGUGAGGAGAGUCCAAAGGUUCCUCAGUCCAGAUGAUCCCAAAUACCAGGAUGAUGAGGAAGAGGUGAAGGUGAAGUGUGAUGAGGAGCAGAUGAGGAGCAGCAGAGAAGCUUUCCUGGACUUCAUCAUGAACCUCCUGAGGAGCAUGGAGGAGGAGGAGCUUGCUGGUUGUGUGUGGAGCAUAAGUCGUGGUGGAGCGUGUGCAGGACGACUGAAGAGGAGCCUGCAGAAGAAGUUCCACAGUGUGUUUGAGGGGGUGGCUAAAACAGGAAACUCCGCCCCUCUGAAUCAGAUCUACACAGAGCUCUACAUCACUGAGGGGGGCACAGACCAAGUCAACCAGGAGCACGAGGUCCGACAGAUCGAAGCAGCAACCAGGAACCAGACCAAAGCAGAAACUACCAUCAGACAAGAAGACCUCUUUAAAGCCUCACCUGAGAGAGAGGGACCAAUCAGGAGCCUGCUGACGAAGGGCGUGGCUGGCAUUGGGAAGACCCUCCUGACACAGAAGCUGACUCUGGACUGGGCUGAAGACAAAGCCCACCAGAACUUCCAGCUCAUGUUUCCUUUCACCUUCAGAGAGCUGAACCUGCUGAAAGAGAAGAAGUUGAGUUUGGUGGAACUUGUUCAUCGCUUCUUUCCUGAAACCAAAGAAUCAGGACUCAGCAGCUUUGAAGGAGUCCAGGUUCUGUUCAUCUUGGACGGUCUGGACGAGUGUCGACUCCCUCUGGACUUCAACAGUCGGGUCCUGACAGAAGCUACAGAGUCCACCUCAGUAGACAUCCUGCUGACCAACCUCAUCAGGGGGAAGCUGCUUCCCUCAGCUCACCUCUGGAUAACCACACGACCUGCAGCAGCCAAUCAGAUCCCUCCUGAGUGUGUGGACAUGGUGACAGAGGUCAGAGGGUUCACUGACCUCCAGAAGGAGGAGUACUUCAGGAAGAGGUUCAGAGAUGAGGAGCAGACCACCAUCAUCUCUCACAUCAGGAGCUCACGAAGCCUCUACAUCAUGUGUCACAUCCCCAUCUUCUGCUGGAUCACUGCCACAGUUCUGGAGGACAUGUUGAAGAGCAGAGAGACCAGAGAGCUGCCCAAGACCCUGACUGAGAUGUACAUCCACUUCCUGGUGGUUCAGGCCAAAGUCAAGAAGAUCAAGUACCAUGGAGGAGCUGGGACAGACACAGUUUGGGAUCCUGAGAGCAGGAAGAUGAUUGAGUCUUUGGGAAAACUGGCUUUUGAGCAGCUGCAGAGAGGAAACUUGAUCUUCUAUGAAUCAGACCUCACAGAGUGUGGCAUCGACAUCACAGCUGCUGCAGUUUACUCUGGAGUCUUCACACAGAUCUUCAGAGAGGAGAGAGGACUGUACCAGGACAAGGUCUUCUGCUUCAUCCACCUGAGUCUUCAGGAGUUUCUGGCUGCUCUUCAUGUCCACCUGAUGUUCUUCAACUCUGGAGUUGACCUGCUUGAUUCACAACAAACAUCUGUACUGACAAGACUCUUUAGAAACAAACUUCUUCCAUGGCAGUUCUAUCAGAGAACAAUAAAUGAAGCUGUAGAAAGUCCAAAUGGACAUCUGGACUUGUUCCUGCGCUUCCUUCUGGGUCUUUCUCUGCAGAGCAGCCAGAGUCUCCUUCCAGGUUUGUUGACCCAGACAGGAAGUAGCUCUUGGACCCAUCAGGACACAGCAGAGCUCAUCAAGAAGAAGAUCAGUGAGAAAGUGUCUCCAGAGAGAGUCAUCAACCUGUUCCACUGUCUGAGUGAAGUGAAGGACACUUCUCUAGUGGAGCAGGUCCAACAGGAGUUGAGAUCAGGACGUCUCUCCACAGAUCAACUGUCUCCUGCUCAGUGGUCCACCCUGGCCUUCAUCUUACUGUCCUCAGAGGAAGAUCUGGAGGUAUUUGACCUGAAGAAAUACUCUGCUUCAGAGGAGGCUCUUGAGAGGCUGCUGCCUGUGGUCCAAGCUUCAAAGGAAGUUCUACUGAGAGACUGUCAGCUAUCAGGGAGAAGUGGUUCCCUUCUGUCCUCAGUCCUCAGCUCUCCGUCCUCUCGUCUGACACAACUGGACCUGAGCUGCAACGAGAACCUGAAGGAUCCAGGAGUGGAGCUGCUGUCUGCUGGACUGAAGAGUCCACACUGUCACCUGGAGACUCUCAGCCUGAGCUGGUGUUUCCUGUCAGAGAGAAGUGGUUUCCUUCUGUCCUCAGUCCUCAGCUCUCCGUCCUCUCGUCUGACACAACUGGACCUGAGCUGCAGCAAGCUGAAGGAUCCAGGAGUGGAGCUGCUGUCUGCUGGACUGAAAAGUCCACACUGUCACCUGGAGACUCUCAGCCUGAGCUGGUGUGGACUGUCAGAGAGAAGUGGUUCCCUUCUGUCCUCAGUCCUCAGCUCUCUGUCCUCUCGUCUGACACAACUGGACCUGAGCCACAACUAUGACCUGGAGGAUCCAGGAGUGGAGCUGCUGUCUGCUGGACUGAAGAGUCCACACUGUCACCUGGAGACUCUCAGCCUGAGCUGCUGUCAGCUGUCAGAGAGAAGUGGUUCCCUUCUGUGCUCAGUCCUCAGCUCUCCGUCCUCUCGUCUGACACAACUGGACCUGAGCUACAACGAGAACCUGAAGGAUCCAGGAGUGGAGCUGCUGUCUGCUGGACUGAAGAGUCCACACUGUCACCUGGAGACUCUCAGUCUGUCAGGGUGUGGGAUCUCAGACAGAGGCUGUGCUUCUCUGGCCUCAGCUCUGACCUCUAACCCCUCCCAUCUGAGAGAGCUGGACCUGAGCUUCAACCAUCCAGGAGGACCAGGACUGGAGCUGCUGUCUGCUGGACUGGAGAGUCCAGACUGGAGGCUGGAGACUCUCAGGCUGGAUCACUGUGGACCACUGAGUUUAUCAUCUGGAGUGAGGAGAUACUUCCGACCACUCUCACUGGACCCAGACACAGCUCACCGGCGCCUCCUACUGUCCAGCAACAACCACACGGUGGAGCUAGUGACAGAGGAUCAGGAGUAUCUGGACCAUCCCGACAGGUUUGAGCGGUGUCCUCAGGUGGUGAGCAGAGACGCUGUGACUGGUGUCUGUUACUGGGAGGUGGAGUGGAGAGGAAGAGUUUCUGUGGCCGUGACUCUCAGGAGAGACGGAGGGAAAGAAGACGAGUCUGAGUUUGGACAGAACCGUUAUUCCUGGAGUCUGAGCUGCUCUGAUGAUGCUGGAUAUAAAGUCUGUCACAAUAAGAGAGAAACUGUCAUCCAGAGCUCAGAAGUUUCUCACAGAGUUGGAGUGUUGAUGAACGCACCUGCUGGAGUUUUGCACUUCUUCAGUGUCUCCUCUGGAGUCCGACUCGACUCCUUAUUCACCUCCACUGAACCUCUGUACCUGGGAUUUGGACUCAGAGAGGCUCCUGGUUCUGGUUCCUCAGUGUGUGUGUGUCACCCGAGUAUGUGAGUGUGUUCCUCCAACAAACUGGUGUUACUGGUUCAAAUCCCCAUCCAAACUGCUGACAGUGAGGAAUGAAUCUGCUUCUGAAACAAACAGGUUCUUCUGCAGAAAAGAACAAAAGAAUGUGAGAUGUUUGAAGAAGAGAAACUUUGUCUUUCAUCACUCUCUUUCUUUCUCCUGUAAACGUCUUCACGUCCUGCUCAGUGGUCUCUUCCUGCUCCUUCUAUCAUCUCUGUGUUCAGUCCCUGAAAGACUCCUCCAAGUCUCCAUCCUCAUGUGAAGAAGACUUCAGCACAUUCUCAAUCCAGUCUGUCCUUUUUCUUCUUCCCUGUGGACAGAUCACAUGACAACAAUCUUCAUCCAUGAACUCUUGAACGGUCAGUCGACCUUCAGUGAAGAGUUCAGAUCAGCUCUGGAAUAUCUGAUUGAAUGACAACAUUUGUGUGAUGAACAUGUGUCGUUGAUGAAACUGAUCUUCUUGUAAACAAUAAA